CGAAGGAAGUUAUCGGAUGAGAACCUCAUCAAAUCCGAAAAAGAAUUUAGUAUCUUGGAGGACUGCGAAAAACACGAAAACAUUCUCAAUUGGGUCACUCUCGAUAAGAGUGAUGAUUGUUCUUACAUGUCUGAAGAGCGUUGGAGUUUCACGCUAGAGAAGCUCGUGAAUAUCUUUCGAAGUAGCAAGACAUCAACUCCACUACCUUAUCCAAAACCUCUUGAAAAGUUUAUCAAGGAUACUGGUAUGAACCUAGAAGUAGAUAUUGAUCCUCUCAUGUUGAAGUUGAUGGAAGACGUUGCUAAAGGCUUGAAUCACUUCCAUAAGAUGGGGUUUUUUCAUCGAGAUUUGAACCCACAGAAUGUAGUCAUAGUGUGUGGAAACAAAUCUAUGACAACAAAGAUUGCUAAUUUCUGUACCGCCGAACGCAUUGGCAUCAAACCGAAAGCACCAAUAAGCAAUUAUGGUACGGGUUUUCAACCUCGAGAACAGAUUAAGAACAAUAAUCUAAGGAAACUCAAUGGUGUUGUUAAAACUCCUGAAACUUCAUCAGUUGAUUUUUUUAGUUUUGGUUGCCUUUUGUUUUACUCGUUAACUUUGGGUGAGCAUCCGUUUGGAGCUCCUUAUGGCACAAAACCUGAAGUUAUCGAUUCAUUGAUCUGUCGGAGUAAUCUUGUGCUCCACCAUUGUAGAACUCCCGAAGCUGAAACUCUUGUCUCCAGAUUGAUGAAGCAUACACCUCAUGUUCGUAUCAGUAUAACUUCUGCAUUAAACUUUCCGCUGUUUUGGUGUUUCGAGAAGAGGUUAGCUUAUCUUAAGAAUGUUAGUGAGAUGAUGGAGCAAUGGGGACAAAGUGGACAGUUGAUAGAAGCCUAUUUGGAUUUCCAUAGUAUAGAAAUUCUAGGACCUGCUCUGGAUUGGAGUACAAAGAUAGAUCCUCCGAUAAUCACUUACAUAAACGACCCAAAUAAUCCAAACCUUCCUUCGUUCUAUUCAAGUGUUCGCCGCUUGGUACGUCUAAUUAGGAACCAACACAGUCACUACGCAGAACUUCCAGCAAACAUCAAGGUACUUUAUAAGGGAGAGGUUCAAGGAAUAGAGGAGUAUUAUCGUAAGAUAUUUCCUAGGUUGCUGAUAAGGGCGUAUGAGGCUGUCGACUUGAACAUUGCCAAGGUUAAUGCGGAAUUCGGAAAGUACAUGAUAAAUUACCAUGCUUGAAUGAGAGGAAGAGAUGUGUUUAGGAGAAGAAUGAGCGUGUUUUUUGGAGACAUAUAUUUGAGCUGAGUAAUGCAUAAUGUCUGAAUGAAUGUCUAAACUUGUUAGUAUCUAUCUUCUUAUUGAUAAUCUCUUUUAUUUUGAACUCAUGUAAAAAAAAGUAAAUGGGAUUUGAGUCUAUGUUUUUCUUUGUUCCGUCUCUUUUGGAAAAAGAUGAAUGAUGGUUAUGCAACUCUGGUUUUUAGUGGAUGCAAAUGAUACUCUCUAUUGUUGAAAUC